GGUGCAGUUGUUUAAAGCCUGUUGUGCUUCUCCACAAAACUGGAUACAUUAGUGACACAACCAAGGUGCAGACCUACACUACUAACAGCAGUCAGUAAUGGAGAAAGAUAUCAAUGGCUCUCAGGUUUCAGUGAUGUCCGCAGUCUCAUCAGAGAUGGUUAAGGCUGAGCUGUUGGACGAAUGUGAAGAACACUUUGACAUUUUACAAAAGCUUCAGAAUGAGAUUAUUUCAGCAGAUGCAGAAUCUGCUGAUAGAGAAUCAAAUGAGGCUAUGAAUCGUUUAAAUGCCACCAUGACAGAGCUGGAACUGUGGCAAGAAAUGGAACCCAAAUUGCUGUCAACAAACCCUGAAAUAUUAUUGGCCAUCGGUAAGGAGGAGCUGCAAAGACUUAACAGUCAGAUAAAGAUGGUUCUGUCCUGCUCCCAAGCAAAACGGGAUUCUCUGAAAGAACUUCUGCAAAGGGAAGAGACAUGGCUAAAGGAGAAGAGGGAAGUACUGGCUGCUGUGACUGACCGAGUCGAAACACUACAUGAUGAAAAUGCAAAGCUGUCGGAGCACAGUAUCCUGCAGGACAUGAAGAGAAAAAUUGCCAAGGUUAAGGAUUACCAUGGCAGCCUCAUGGAGACCCUGAGCGACAUGCUGGCUGAGCACUUUCCUCUUCCCACUCAGCAAGCGCUCGCUACGAAGAAAAAAAGGAGCCCAGUUCCAGACUGUGAAUCAAAUCUUGUCUCACUGAGUGAGAUUAUUGAGCAGUUAACAAACAAAACCCUGGAGACCCCUCAUGAGCCCUAUGUCACUAUUGAUGACUCCUUCUGGCCACCAUACGUAGAAAUGCUUCUACGUAACGGCAUUGCAGUCAGACACCCAGAAGACUGCAACAAAAUCCGCCUGGAAAUUUUUUGUUAAAUCAGAAUGACGUUUAAUUUAACAAUCUUAUCAUAAGUAUAUUUGAGAAAAUGUGUAGUGUGUUUUUUAUACUUUUAUCUCAUUCGUUUUUUAUAAUUUGAUAAAUAAAAUAGCACACAGUAGAAAACAGUAUCUAAUUGUUGCCAAUGUAUCACAAAAGUGAGUA